CUUCAGAUCCCUUCAUACUGUUACAACAUAAUCCAAUUCAAUAAUCUAUCUGUUCCUAUUCCCAUUCCUUAAUCUUCACAGGUCUUAUGAUUUGCGAGAUGAUGCAAAGGAUUAGGGAGAUAAUUGUGGUGCUGUUUUUAGCCCUCUGCUCAAAAGAAGUUAGCGGUAGAAGGGAGUGGAGGGCGGCGGCGGCGGACGGCGGCGACGGGCCGUAUUGUCAGAGCUGGAGAGUGGCGGUGGAGGCGAACAAUGUGCGUGCAUGGCGGACGGUGCCGACGCAGUGCCUCCGCCACAUCGAGAGCUACAUGACCGGCGGGCAGUACGAGCGGGACCUCAACUUCACCGUCGACGCCAUCUUUAGCUUCGUGGAUAACGAGGUUUCCAUCUCCGGCGACGGACUCGACGCCUGGAUCCUCGACGUCGACGACACCUGCAUCUCCAAUCUCAUAUACUACCAAACAAAACGCUUCGGGUGUGACCCAUAUGACCCUGCAGGGUUUAAGGCAUGGGCAACAAAAGGAGAGUGCCCAGCCAUUCCAUCAGUGUUGAGACUAUUCAAAAAGUUGGCCAAAAGUGGCUUUAAGGUUUUUCUCCUCACUGGUAGAAGUGAAGAUGCCUAUGAACGUGCUACUAUCAAAAACCUGCGUAACCAAGGAUUCAUUGGCUAUGAACGCCUAAUAUUAAGGACAGGGGCUAAUAAGGAGCUAAGCGCAGUGGCAUAUAAAUCAAAGAUAAGGAAGCAGCUAGUAAAAGAAGGAUACAAAAUAUGGGGAAACGUGGGAGACCAAUGGAGCGACCUUCAAGGAGAUCAUGUUGGCAAUCGCACAUUUAAACUUCCCAAUCCUAUGUACUUUGUUCCUUGAUAACUAAUGUUUUACUAAAUGGAGCAAGUUUCAACUCCAUACUUGCAUAUUUGAAUGUUUACGAUCCAAACUUUGAACAUUCAGUAUGUAAAUUGUGAACAUUCAAUAAAUAAAUUGUAAAUAUUCAUAUAUAAAUUGUGUAUUUUGAAUCCGAAUCUACGAAAUAAUUUGUCUCA